AUGUUUUUGUUUCUCAUGUAUUUGUGCUCAGCUGACACAGAAGAUGUGUGCAUCGUGGAGAGAUUGUUCUCCAGCAGCCUCGUCGCUAUUGUCAGCCUUAAGGCACCUAGGAAGCUGAAAGUCUGUCACUUCAAGAAAGGGACUGAGAUAUGCAACUACAGCUACUCAAACACUAUACUGGCUGUAAAACUGAACAGACAGAGACUGAUAGUGUGUUUAGAGGAGUCACUCUAUAUCCACAACAUUAGGGAUAUGAAAGUACUACAUACCAUUCGAGAGACCCCUCCGAAUCCUUCCGGACUAUGUGCCUGUCAAUCAGUAAUGACAACUGUUACUUGGCCUAUCCGGGAAGUGCAACAAUUGGAGAGGGUACAAGUUUUUGACACGGUCAAUCUGAGGGCAGCUAACAUGAUACCUGCCCACGAUAGUCCACUAGCAGCUCUGGCGUUCGAUGCAAGCGGCACUAAAUUGGCCACAGCAUCUGAGAAGGGCACUGUAAUCCGAGUUUUCUCCAUUCCAGAGGGCCAAAAGCUCUUUGAGUUCCGGAGGGGGAGUAAAGAGAUGUGUGAGCAUCUGUUCCCUGCCUUCAGUAUGGAGGGACUCUAUCUGUCUGCCUCAAGCAACACGGAGACGGGCCCCAAGAGGAGCCCACUACUUGGACAGGAUACUUUGGAAAAGUACUGA